CACUCGUAUGCCCAUCUUCCUCCUCAUCACAAGGGAUCAGAAACAUUCAAUGUUCAAACUUUGAGAGAGAGAGAGAGAGAGAGAGAGAGAAGAGAAACAAAAACUAUAAAAUAAUACAGAUUUCUUUUAGCUUUUUAACCCAGAAACCCAACAAGAAACAGUGCCUAAAACCCUGAGACAACAUAGAUUGUAUUUGUGUGGUUGUGGUUGAAGGAAAAGAAAUCAAAGACCAAUCUGCUAUCCUAUAUAUAUUUCUCAAUUUUAAAAUCCAAAUAUUUUUAGCAUUAGAACUUUCUUGUUUUGGUUUUUGCUCCAGCUUCAAAUUCUCUCUCCUCGCUUUCUCUCUCUAGCCUGAGGGAGACCCCGGAACUAAAACCCUGGUGCUGGUGUUUCUGCUCCAUCUGGGUCUCCAAUGGCGAGUCGGGUCCUCUCAGAAUGCGGACUAAAACCUCUCCCCAAAGUUUGGCGCGGACCCGGAACCGCAAUUUGCUGUAGCCACCGGUCAAAAGUUCGAAUUUUUCGGUCCAACCAGAGCUCGACGGAUCUGAGAUUGGAUUCCACCAAAAUCCCAGUUGGGCCGUUCAGAGAGAGAAGAUGGGGACUAAACGUGAGCGCUCCGUUGAGAGUUGCUUCAUUUGAAGAGGAGGAGGAGAGGGUUAACGGCGUUAAUGGUGGCGGAGAUGGAGAAGAGGAGGUGGGAUUUGAUCCGGGUGCGCCGCCGCCGUUUAAAUUGGCUGACGUUAAAGCUGCCAUUCCGAAGCAUUGUUGGGUUAAGGACCCCUGGAGGUCAAUGAGCUAUGUGGUGAGGGAUGUGGCGGUGGUUUUUGGGUUAGCUGCGGCCGCGGUUUAUGUAAACAAGUGGUUUGUUUGGCCUCUGUAUUGGGCUGCUCAGGGGACAAUGUUUUGGGCUCUAUUUGUCCUCGGCCAUGAUUGUGGCCAUGGAAGCUUUUCGAAUAAUCCGAAGCUAAACAGUGUGGUGGGGCAUCUCUUGCAUUCAUCAAUUCUUGUACCCUAUCAUGGAUGGAGAAUUAGCCAUAGGACUCAUCAUCAGAACCAUGGCCAUGUUGAGAAUGACGAGUCGUGGCACCCAUUGUCUGAGAAAAUCUACAAGAACUUGGAUAACAUGACACGAAUUUUGCGCUUCACCAUGCCUUUUCCCAUGCUUGCAUACCCUUUCUACCUCUGGAAUAGAAGUCCAGGAAAGACUGGUUCCCACUUUCACCCGGACAGCGAUCUGUUUGUCAAGAAAGAGAGGAAAGAUGUGAUCACUUCCAGUGUAUGUUGGACAGCAAUGGCCGCGCUACUUGUGGGUUUGUCCUUUGUAAUGGGUCCUGUUCAAGUUCUUAAGCUCUACGGCAUUCCCUAUUGGGUUUUUGUCAUGUGGCUGGAUUUGGUAACGUACUUGCAUCACCAUGGUCAUGAAGACAAACUACCCUGGUAUCGAGGAAAGGAAUGGAGUUAUCUGAGAGGAGGGCUUACGACACUGGAUCGUGACUAUGGAUUGAUCAAUAACAUCCACCAUGACAUUGGAACCCAUGUGGUUCAUCAUCUUUUUCCUCAGAUCCCCCACUACCAUUUAGUUGAAGCAACCGAGGCAGCAAAGCCAGUAUUCGGGAAAUACUACAGAGAACCAAAGAAAGCAGGACCUCUACCAUUUCACUUGCUUGGAAGUUUUAUAAGAAGCUUGAAAAAAGACCACUACGUGAGUGACACUGGCGAUGUUGUGUACUACCAAACCGACCCUAACUUUGGUGGCAGGAAUCCUGCAUCGAAUUAAAGCUUCGCUUCUUAGUUUCUUGGACCACAAGAAAACUUUUCAAUCUCUCUGCAUCGGCGUCUGCGUUUUCAACUGGUUCUUGAAUCUUGACACAACAACAAAAAAUGUAUUUUAUUCUUUAUGGCGAGAGAAAAGAGCUCUCUUCCUGCAAAUUGUGAGAAAAUAAAAGGAAAUUAUGACCACUUUAUUUAUGAUUAUCAAAUUGAAUAAAUCAAACGGUAUAAUGAAUAAGAUUAAACA